UUUGUUCUUAUGUAUAUAUAUCCCUCGAUGAAUAUAGUUCUCUGUCUGUUUACAAGUUUGUGUUUUGUCUGAGUUCUUGUAUCUGCUUGUGUUUAUUAUAUCUACAGAUACUUGUUUGAUAGUUCAUGUAUUAAUUGUUAUCUAGUAUUAGUUUUAUGAGAUUAGGUAUAUAGAUGAUUGAGUACAAACUUGUAAAUCGAUUUUGAAGAAGAAGCUGAGGACGGCUGUGGAUAUUGAGGAUGUUAGGAGAGAAGUUGAGAUCAUGAGGCAUAUGCCUGUUCAUCCUAAUGUUGUUACUUUGAAAGAUACUUAUGAAGAUGAGCAUGCUGUUCAUUUGGUUACGGAGCUUUGUGAAGGUGGUGAGUUUUUUGAUAGGAUUGUUGCUAGAGGUCAUUACACCGAGAGAGCUGCUGCUGCUGUCACUAAAACCAUCAUGGAAGUUGUUCAGGUGUGUCACAAGCAUGGGGUAAUGCAUAGGGACCUGAAACCAGAGAACUUCUUGUUUGGAAACAAGAAGGAGACUGUACCUCUCAAGGCGAUUGAUUUUGGUCUCUCUGUUUUCUUUAAACCAGGAGAGAGGUUUAACGAAAUCGUUGGUAGUCCAUACUACAUGGCUCCCGAGGUGCUAAAACGGAAUUACGGUCCAGAAGUUGACAUUUGGAGUGCAGGUGUAAUCCUUUACAUACUGCUCUGUGGUGUCCCACCUUUCUGGGCAGAAACUGAACAAGGAGUCGCACAAGCAAUUAUUCGAUCUGUACUGGACUUCAGAAGGGACCCAUGGCCCAAGGUUUCUGACAACGCAAAAGACCUUAUCAGGAAAAUGCUUGAUCCUGACCAAAGGCGUCGUCUUACAGCCCAGCAAGUGCUAGGUACAGUUUCAUGGUUUCUUAUAANGAUGCUUUGCUGGUCGGUGAUGAUUCUGAAGGGCAUUGCGGUUCUGUUUCUUUCCUCUGUUUUCGGUUGUGUUUAA